AAUUCAAAAUCUUUCAAAUUCAUCAUCAUAACUCUGAAAAGUUGGAGAUUCGAAUUUGAAAUUUAAAUCCUAUCUCGAUUCUCACAUCUUUCUCCAAAAUUUAACUUCAAAUCCGGACAUUCGAGUCUGGAUUUGGCCUAUAAAUAUGGGUUUCCUUCAAACCCAAAGGGAAGGUUUGGAAAAUUAAGAAAAAAGUAAAAAAAGUGCAAUGAAAGAGGUCAAAAAAAAAACAGUGAGCAAAACAAAAAGGGAGUUUAAGGUCAGAGAAGAAAACCAGAGAAAACAAAAAGAGGAGGAAAAACAAAAAAAAGGAGGCGUAGACAAUAAAGAAAAGAGGAAUUCUUUGAGUUCUCGGAGUUGGAUUCGUCGUCAGAAAAUCCUAGCUGUCGAAGCCUCAGUUUUGCUGCCCAAAACAGGAAAGUCAAGAUGCAAGAAAACCAAACACAAUAAGAUCAAAAAAGGUGAAUUUGGAACAACAAAACAACAUAGGAGAGACGAGGAGCGUGAUCAAGACUUAUCUCAUUUGAAGACACAGAUGGAUUUACUAACCAAGCAUUUACUAUCAGGAAAGACUGAAAAAGUGAAGGCUAUGGGAUCUCAGGGCAGAGUUGAUUCUGACUCAGAAGAAGAGACGAACUAUAUAAAUAAUUUGGGGGGUUUUCGAGGCAAUAACCAAGGGAAUCAAGGUUAG